CCAUCACCUGCACACGACGACCAUGCCCGCCACCGCGCGCUGACCUCGACCUCGACCAUCCGCCACAAUUCUCUCCUUCUCCCCCUCAUCCUCGCUCUCUCCCUUGCUAGUGCCGGCGACAAUGCCGAGCAUCAGCGAGUCUGCGUCCUUCUACGAAGAUGACAUGAUCAAGGUCGUCGACCGCCUCCCUGAAGAUGGCGAGCACCGACGCGUCAGGCACCUCGUGCUCCAGACACCGGGCUGCGUGAGCGACGAUGAACUCGCUGACGCGCUCUACGAAUGCCCCCAUCUCGAGACGCUGGUUCUCUCUGGCGUGCAAGACUUGACGGACCGCACGAUCGUACGCGCCGCAGCUGCUUGUCCAGGCCUUCAGGGCAUUGGGCUAUCGGGAUGUAACGCGCUAUCCGAUGUUGCCAUACUCGAACUCACCGGGAAGGGUGUGCCGCUGCAGUGGCUGCACGUCAAUGGGGUCGCAGGGCUGACAGACCCAAGCAUAAGUGCUGUCGCGCGCUCAUGCUCACGGCUGCUCGAACUCGAGCUCUGCGACCUCCCUCUGCUAUCUGCAUUAUCCUUGCGCGAUGUUUGGAUGUUCUCCAGGCAGUUACGAACCCUGCGCGUCGCACGAUGUCACCAACUCAACGACAAGGCGUUCCCCUCAUCCCUAGGCCCCGACAUGCCCAACUUCUCGCACGAGAAACCUCUCCCCCCUCGCCCUACGACCUGGCUUGACGAGCUGCAGCCCCUCACACUGCACCACACCGCCCAUAACUUGCGCGUGCUCGACCUUUCUUCCUGUAACAUCACCGACGACGCGAUAGAGGGCAUUGUCGCCCACGCACCACGAAUCCAGAGCUUCAUUCUCUCCGGCUGCACGGCACUUACCGACCGCUCGCUCGAGAGCAUCUCGAAGCUCGGCCCGCAUCUCGACGUGCUCAUGCUCGCCCACGUUAGCAAGGUAACAGACAAGGGCAUCAUCAAGAUCGCGCGCGCAUGUCAGAAUCUCAGAUGCGUCGACGUCGCGUUCUGCCGCCACCUCUCCGACCUCUCUGUCUUCGAGCUCGCCGGCCUCAAGAUCCGCCGCCUCAGCCUCGUGCGCGUGCACAAGCUCACCGACAUCGCUCUCUUCGCGCUCGCCGAGCACGCGCAGACGCUCGAGCGGCUGCACCUAUCGUACUGCGACCGCAUCUCGCUGGACGCAAUCCAUCUGCUGCUCAAGCGGCUCACAAACCUGCGGCACCUGACCGCGACCGGCGUCCCUGCGUGCAGGCGGAAGGGGGUGCAACGCUUCUCUGACCCGGCUCCUGAGGACUGGGAUAAGGACCAACGGGCCGCAUACCGCGUCUUCAACAACGACAACGUCGCUGCCCUUCGCCGCUUCCUCGACAAGGAGCAAGCCCGCCAGCGGGAAGCAGAGGAGAAGAAUAUCAUCUUCGUUCCAAGGGAGGACGACAAGAUGGAUUUGUACUGAUGUUCGAGCUGCCUUCUCCCUUCCUAAGCUACUUCUCCUUUCAUUGUGCUUUCUCUCUUUUAGAUAUCCAGUGAUACCACCCCGGAGCUGCUUGCUAUAUAUCAUGGUGCGUUAUUGCAGCGCAAGGCAUGUAUUUGUACCCAGACUUCUUUUGCCGUAUUUGUACCCUAGCUUUAUCGCGUUUUGAGGGCCUUCAGGUGCUUUGGUCGCCUUGGUCGACGCUCCAUCUACGUAGCAUAUCUCCAAAUGCUCCAUUUCCAUUGAUGAGGUCGAACUUCAAAGAGAGAAAAUAUUCCGUGCUGUUUUCCAUUCAAUUGAUCUGCUUCGAGGACC